GAACGAAACUGAGGAGAAACCUUUGGAGUGCGAAGAGCGCAGUUUUAGGACAACUCCCGAGUCUUGCUUUACUAUAAGUAGCCCAAAUAUAGAACAAAAACCACGUCAAAGUGCAUCAUCCAUGAGUGCAACAUCCAAAGUACAUCAUGCAUCAAAACACCUUGGUGAGAAACCCUACAUGUGUGGAGAGUGUGGGUACAGGACAGCUGAAAGAUCAGUCUUUAUCCGACAUAUGAAAACCCAUACAGGUGAAAAACCCUUCAAGUGUGACCAGUGUGACUAUUCUGCAGCACAGAAAUCCAAUUUGGAUCGUCAUAUAGCAAAACACACAGGAGAAAAAGCGUACAUUUGUGGGGAGUGUGGGUAUAGGGGGACUCAAAAGUUUCAUUUAUCCCGACAUAUGAGAUCCCAUUCAGAAGAAAAACCCUACAAAUGUGACAAGUGUGACUAUUCUGCCACACUAAAAUCCAGUUUAGAUCGUCAUACAGAAAAACACACAGGUGAAAAACCCUACAUAUGUGAAGAGUGUGGAUACGGGACAGAUAGAAAGUCCAACCUAUCCGAACAUAUGAGAACCCACACAGGAGAAAAACCCUACAAGUGUGACCAGUGUGACUAUUCUGCUGCGCGGAAAUUCACACUAGAUAACCAUAAAGCAAAACACACAGGUGAGAAACCCUACAUGUGUGGAGAGUGUGGGUACAGGACGACUCGAAAGUGCUUCUUAUCCCUACAUAUGAGAACCCAUACAGGUGAAAAACCCUAUAAGUGUGACCGGUGUGAAUAUUCCGCUGCAUUGAAGUCCACCUUGAAUCUUCAUAUGGUAAAACACACCGGUGAGAAACCCUACAUGUGUGGGGAAUGCGGAUACAGGACAACUUUAAAGUAUACCUUAUUCCGACAUAUGCAAACACAUACAAAACCCUACAAGUGUGACCAGUGUGAUUAUUCUUCAGCAUCGGAAUCUGCAUUGAAAAUUCACCUGGUAAAACACACUGGUGAGAAACCCUACAUGUGUGGGGAGUGUGGAUACAGGGUAAGUCAAAGGUCUACCUUAUCCAGUCACAUGAGAACCCAUAUAGGUAAAAAGCCUUCCAAGUGUGACCAGCUUGACUAUUCUGAAACAUUUAAGUCCACUUUGGAUCAACAUCUAGCAAAACAUAGUGAUUAGAAACCUUACAUCUGUUUGGUGUGUGGGCACAGGACAACUCAAAAGUGUCACUUUUCCCAACAUAUUACAACCCAUACAGGAGAAAAUCCCUACGAUAUAUGUGAGGAGUGUGGAUAUAUGGCAACUAACAAGUGUAAC